AUUUCCAAGCGAGGAUUUUAGAGCGAAGUCUUCGUUCGUUCGUUCGUUCGUUCAUUGAGAGCACGGAAGCAAGGGAGAACUGGUACUCCACUGUUGCCAUGGCGAGAUCCACAAGCAAGGACGCUCAAGCUCUUUUCCAAUCGCUACGCUCGGCUUAUGCCGCCACUCCGACGUCUCUCAAGAUUAUUGAUCUCUAUGUGAUUUAUGCUGUAUUUACGGCUCUGAUCCAGGUAGCAUACAUGGCGAUUGUUGGAUCAUUCCCAUUCAACUCCUUCCUCUCAGGCGUACUUUCUUGUAUUGGGACCGCUGUCCUUGCUGUUUGUCUUCGGAUUCAAGUUAAUAAAGAAAACAAGGAAUUCAAGGAUUUGGCCCCGGAGCGAGCUUUUGCAGACUUUGUUCUGUGCAACCUGGUUCUCCAUUUGGUGAUUAUCAACUUCCUCGGAUAAGACACCUAUAUUUGGUUCUGCUUCUUUUCUUGUUUCCUUCGGAGAAUUAUUUAAACCCAGGAAGUAGCUUAUGCUAGAAAUUUUCUGCCAAUCUUAGAAGAUUAGAGAGAGAGAGAAAAAAGGAACGCCUGCAACUGAACUGAGUGUCAUUCUGAGUUAUUUUUCUACAGGUGAGAACUUUGUUUAUAUAUUUUCUUUCAUUUAAACAGGGAAGAUAGCAAAUGAGGACUUUAUUUCCCAUUUUCCCCAUUUUCCUAGGACUUUAUUUUUCAGUAAUGGUGUUUAAAUUCUGAAAACAAGUUUUUACAA